UGACUGUAGUGGAAAAGGGACGCGGAGAGUUUUUUUCCCCCUGCCUUCUUCCCAGUGCCUCUCGGAGUUCGUUCGUGUGAGGAGGAAAAGAUGCCCGAGCGGAUCGGGGAGGAAAGUUAAAUGCCGGGGACAGAGAUCGUUUCUGGACGCCACUUGGACAUUGCAGAAGACUCAGAGGCUGCAGGUCGGAGCGGGGAGGUUUCUUCCGAUUUUUGCGUACUCGGAAUGUUGGAAUAAGGUGAUGAAAGGAAAACACUGCGUUCUGAUGCUUUGGUCAACUCGUUGAUGUGUACUGUCGCAAGGUGUAAUAACAUCAAAGCCACUCUGAGUGAGCCCGCUUAGGAAUAAGAAGAAAAGAAAUCCAUAAUAGAAGAUUACGAGAUUUUUCAAUAAAGGUGGACAACGAUGAGAUCUCUGAAAAAACAGAGAGGGCGCUCUCCUCUGUCCACACGGGCAAAAAGUGUGAGGAAGAGAGGCGAUAAACAUGACAGACAAUCACAAACUACACCUGCUGCAGUGUCAUCCCAGAAAAAUGCUCCGUCCAAGUUGGACAACUCUGAAGGAAAGACAGCCAAGAGGAGCAAUACUCCCAACAAGGAAGGGCUAAAAGGACAGAUAAAAGGACUGUCUGUAGACGUAGACCAAGCCGAACAAAUUGUAGUAAGGGUCAAUAAAAUGACUACUCCUGAAAAUACUAACUCAAAAACACAUAAUAUUACCAUGACAAACAGUAUAACCAGCAACUCACUCAGCACAAACACGGCAGCCAACAGCUCCGACAAAAGCAACUCUAUUAUAACCAAUCAUAGUCCCAUCACACUCUCCAGUAGGAAAACAGCUACCUUCAAAGCCAGAGUGCCUAAGAAAAAGUAUAUGUAUGAACAUGGAACUGUCAGCCCCUCUCCAAUCACUCCUCCUGUACCUUCGCUUGCACCUAAUAGCAAUCACCUCGGUAAACUUAGUAACUCUAUUACUCCUAAUAGCCUCCCUCUAGCUAAUAAUGUUGUGAUGAAAGAUGAAGAUGUUGUAAAGACUGCUAACAUAAACAACAACGUUUUAGCAGACUAUAAAACAAGCACAGAAACCUCAUCACUGAGAGGGGAUGUGGGAGAGGUUAUCAACGAUGAAGUUCCAUGUGUUACAAAAAGCCUAGUGGACCAGAUGAAAACAGUUGCAUUUGGAGAGGUUGCCCCAAACUCAGCUUGCUCAUCGUCCACAGAAACAGCCAGUGAGAAAUCUCCGGUGGUGGAGCCCUCUAAUGUGUACCAAAAUAUAGGGACUACCUUAAACAUACCAAAAUACCCAUUAAACAGACCACUAUCCUUUGAUCCACUCCUUACCCAAAACAACCAACAACCUUUGCAAGAAAGUUUUUCGGAAAUAGCUGAGGCAUUGGCUAAAGGACUCAAGAAUCAGAGGGUGCUAGCUCGUCAUCAGAGAAUGAAGGAGGUAAAAGGAGAAGAGGCAUUUAGCGAGUGUGUUUUUAUCCGUGGUGUGGUGCGUGGGGCUACCAAAGAGCAGCUCAGUAUAGAAUUGCAUAUUGAUGGGGAGGAGAUGCAACUUUUGCUUCCAUUUAAUACACUGGUAAAUCACCCAGACCAAACAAUAGACCUUAUUUUAGAUGCCCCUCCACCAGGCCAUGAUCCAGUGGAUGUCGGGACACAUGUUUGUGUGCCUUAUGGAGAAGAUAAAGGAAAGGAAUGGUAUAGGGAAGGAGUAGUGUCACAGGUAGAUUCCCAUCCAGCUGUUGCUUGCCCAUACAGAGUGCUACUGCAAGAAGAGAAUAAUCACAAAAAAUCAGGAAACAAACAAGAUGAAAAGCAACAGAGAACUGGAAUUCAGGCUGUGUGGGUCUCCCGACAGAGCCUGCGCCUUCUUGUCCCACCAUGGGAAGGCGAAGUGCAAAAGAAAGAAGAAAAAGAAAGAAGAGAAGAUAUGGAUGUAGAGAGAGAGAUGUGUCAGAUUAGUAGGGGAAUGACUAUGGGAAGUUCUAGGCCACCUCAGAAGAAUUCUGAUAUUGGUGGUCAACUGUAUGAGGGCACACCAACUUCUUCAUCUACACCCUCUCCAGCAAUUUUGAUGUCAAACAGUGCACUAAUCAUAGUGACCGGAAGAGAGGUGGCUGAAGACACAGAUAAAGAAAGAGCAAAAGAAAGAGAGAGAGAAAGAAAACAACUACAGACUCCAGAGGUUGAUUUGGAAGUUUUAAGGCUUAAUCUGGCACCUCUUCAAGAUGCAGUAGGAACUUUGGUUUCAAGAGUACCUAAAUCAAUCAGACCCAAUGACCAUAGACAACUCAUUUCUAAGCCUUCUGGAUACUCAAGUCCCAUUUCUGUUGUCCAAGGUCUUGCUGGCACAACCUUGGGCACCCACUUGACUAUUCCAAUAUCUGGCAGCACUCAUCAACCCGCUUUGUCUGCUUUUGUUGGCUCCAAUGGAGUUCCUUUGCAACCCCUUUCUACAACUGUGCUGCCCUCACCUAACUCAAAACGUUCUCUUAUACCCUUGGACAAGACCUCCACUCCAUCUGCCCCUACCCCAGGGAGUUCUGCCUCAUCGUCUGCCUCCUCCUCACGAUCACGAACUCCACUUUCUGCUGCUCAGCAAAUAUAUAAGAAAGGUGACGUGGUGUGUACACCCAAUGGUAUUCGCAAAAAAUUUAAUGGAAAGCAGUGGCGGCGUUUAUGUUCAAAGGACAGUUGCAUGAAAGAGUCUCAACGUAGGGGCUACUGCUCUCGACAUCUCUCCAUGCGCACUAAAGAGAUUGAAGGUGCAGGUGGAGAGCGGGAGCUAAAGAGAGGAGGAGGGAGUAGUUCAGGAACUGCAACCCCUUCAGACCUGCGAGGUGGGGCGAGCAGUGAGUUUGACUGGGAGGAGACAUCACGAGACAGUAGUGAGACCAGCAGUCGGGGAACUGACUCGCGACCACGUCUUGUUCUUCCAUCACUUUUGCCACAGGAUUUUUCACGGUUUGACUUUGAUGAAUGUGAGGCUGCUACCAUGCUAGUGUCUUUGGGAAGUUCACGAUCAGGGACGCCCUCAUUUUCCCCUAUAUCAAAUCAGUCACCUUUCUCUCCGACUCCCUCUCCCUCCCCUUCUCCACUCUUUGGUUUUCGUCCUGCAAAUUUUAGUCCUAUUACAACUUUAACAGUCUUGCCUUCUCGUCGACACAGACAUACCAGUGGUACUAGCAACUCCAAGCUUAGUACCUUAGUGGCAGAGAAGGAUCGGGAGAGAAUUGCAUCUGGCAUUGUACCACCAUUCCAAACCAGUUUAACCUUUACUGUACCUGUAAGUCCUAACAAGCAUAAAUCAGAUACCUCACAACCCACUGCUCUUGUUAUGCAGGAUGGCACCAAACUUGAACUGGACCAUAGCACAGGAGAUCUCUCAGUAGGCACUUCCUUUCAUGUACUUUCUCCUUUAACAACCACUUUCUCUCACAGUAAAAGGCCCACCUCAUCCACAGCUUCUUCACUCCCACCUUCUCCUUUAACCUUAGAAUCAGGGGCACAACGUGCAGUCCCUCAGCAGACACUGCGAGACUCUCCAGUAAUUGUACGAAAUCCUGAGGUACCGUUGGCAAAAUUUACAGAAUGUCCACUGGUAAAGAUUGCAGAUAAAGAUGGUAUAAAUCCCAAGCAUGACAGCAUGACUGGUGUUUUGUCUAGUGCAGGAUUACAGAUGCCUGUUCCAAUUAAUGGUGCAGCUUCCACUAAUGGGGCCGUCUUAUUGCAUAGCCCUUCAUCAACUUUGGUUCUGGUGUCUUCCAUCUCUUCCCUUCCGAAUUCCAACCCUACAAGCCUCACCACUCAGUCUAGCCCUACCUUGGCUUGCAUAUCUGUGCCCAGUCCUGCCCCUGAUUCGGCUUCCUUUGGUUCAGGAGGAGGAGAUCAAGGAAAGUGUGGAAUAACAAAAUUGCAGCAGCCAGUUCCAUGUCAUCCUGCCCCAACAGCUUUGUUGCCACUUUUACUUCCUGCAGAGACUUUGCAUCCUGUGCCAUGCAAGGACAUCAUUAUGGGACGACCAGGAACUGUUUGGACUAAUGUGGAGCCUCGGUCGGUUCCAGUGUUUCCUUGGCAUUCGUUGGUGCCAUUCCUGGCACCUACCCAAUCAGAUCCAUCAACACAGCCUAGUGAAGGCCAGCAGCCUGUCAAUCAUUCUCAGGCGAGCACUCUUAAGAAAGAGGCCCAGAGCGGCACGGCGGUGAAGGAGGUCGCAGAGGGAGCAUCAAACCCUGCUUUGCGACCUGCGCCCUCUAUCGAUGACCUUCCUCCGGCGAGAGAGCGAGAGAGGGAGACGGAGAAAGAGAGGCCAGACAGUGAAACGGAGAGCGAUGUUGAUGAUCCGUUUUUACCAGGUGUCCUUCCAGACCCGCCAGUCUCAGCAUCUCCUGGGAAACGCCGGUCUCAGUCUCUGAGCGCACUGCCCAAAGAUGACAAAAACAGCCCUGGCAAGAGGGAGAAGGAUCACAUCCGGAGGCCCAUGAAUGCCUUCAUGAUCUUCAGCAAGCGUCACCGCGCUCUCGUUCACCAGCGGCACCCGAAUCAGGACAACCGCACUGUUAGCAAGAUCCUGGGAGAGUGGUGGUACGCUUUGGGACCCAAAGAAAAACAGAAAUAUCACGACUUAGCAUUCCAGGUGAAAGAAGCGCACUUUAAGGCCCACCCCGACUGGAAGUGGUGUAAUAAGGACAGGAAGAAGUCGAGCAGCGAGAGUCGUAACCCACCAGGCGGAAAGGAUGUCAGAGAGAGAAGCAUGUCUGAGACGACGGAGCCUCCAUCUGUUCCCAUGGGUGUUGAGCUUAAAGGGAUGGGGCCGGGUGUGGUAGGCGUGUCCGAGCGUGCUGGAGGAGAAAGGAUUGCACGCCCUCGCGCCUUCUCGCAGAGCGCCAUGCACAGCUUGGAGAGAAGCGAGAGAGGCAACCCUCAGGUGCUUGCGGAGCUCGCACAGAUAUGUGGGGAUGGGGCCCAGUUUUCAGGUCGUGGGGGAACACAUUCUCAAGUCCAGAGGGGUGUGAGUGAAGACAUGACCAGUGAUGAGGAACGCAUGGUCAUCUGUGAAGAAGAGGGGGAUGAUGAUGUCAUUGAGGACCCUUAUCCAGGCAGCUCUAUUGACCUGAAGUGUAAGGAGAAAGUGACCGACAGCGACAGUGAAAAUGGAUCUGGGGACGAAGUUGAACGCAAGAGAGUCUUUGCCCCUGUGAUCUGCACGUCAGGGCCCGGUCACGGGCGCAGCGUAUCUCUUUCCUCCUACCCUUCCUCCAGACACUCCUCAGAAUCUUCCAUCAAGAGGAAGCGUGGGCUAGAGGGAGGAGAGGGAGAGCGUCGGGAUGCUGACGGUGGUACGUCUCACCUUCUUCCGCUGUCUUCCUCUGGCCAGUCCAUUUCAGUCAGCACAUCUUCAACUUUGGGAGCAGUAAGAGUAGCAUCGACCAUAGUCACUAACGUGGUACGUCCUGUCAUAAGUACACCAGUGCCAAUAACCAGUAAAUCGUCCCAAGACAGAAAAGCCACCACUCCUCAGACGCAGCUUCUUAUUGGAUCUGGAGUGGCAGGAAGCGGGGCAACUUUGGCACCUGCCGGAGGGGGCGGGUACUAUUCCUCGUCCUCGCCCAGUCCGGCACUUGGAGGACAAGCGGGACUAAAUCUAGUCUUGGGAGGCACAUUUCAGGCACCAUCUGCAGUGCAGCUUAUCAGUCCUCCUCCUCCUCAAAAUCCAGCAUCCCCCGCCAUAGUCGCUCCUACACAGAGUAAUGGUCCUGCACCCUUGCCUCUGCUGCAGCCUCACAUCCUGCCUACAGCCUUGCCCGCACCCUCUGCAGGCCAGAAAGCAGUAACGCAAGUACAGUACAUUCUGCCCACUCUCUCUGCCAACAACCCCAAGAGCCCCUCGCCUCAGCAGCCCGGCCAACCAACCAGUAUCUUCACCCUGCCUACAGCUCCGCCUACACUUGCUUCAGUGGCAAAUGGAAAGCAGUCAGGAUAUACAUCAGGCCCUGCAGUAGGCGUGGUCAGUCCAGGAGUUAGAGUGCAAACACAGUCCCCAGUCUUACAGGGCAAGAUGCUGGUUCCCAUGGCAACUGUGCGGACCACUCCUGCCCUUUCUCAGCAGUUUCCCUUGAUGGCUCCGCCUCUUCCUGUGCAGAAUGGAGCUCAGUCAGGAAACAAGAUCAUACAGAUUGCCCCUAUGCCUGUCGUGCAGUCCCCGCUUUCUUCUGCAGGGAGUCCAUUCCCUGUAACCAUGGCAGCAGCCACAGUGGUUGCCCCCCCAGGCUCUACCCCCUCACAAGCUGUGCUGCUGCCUCCCCCACCCACGAGAAUCACUUAUGUCCAGUCCACUCCAGGAGGGCCCUCCCCUAUCCCACUUGUUUCCACAGCAACAGGCUCCACCUCACAAACGGCCCCCCCAACACCCGGAUCAGCAUAUGUGCCGUCUCCUUUGGCCACCUUUGCGGCGAUUGCUCAUCCGGGACAGACACUAGUGCAGCCACUUAUUGCUGGUCAGCCACCAUUGUUAGCACCGCCCCAGUCUCCCAACCCAGCAAUCACCGCCAUCUACCCCUCUACUACGGUCACUCUGUCCACCGGGGUGGUGUCUGGAGCAACAAUGCCACCCGGCGUGGUUUAUACGGUCUCAAGCCCCUCCAUCCUUCCCAAACACACUUCCACCACUUCCGUGACACCUACGUCCCUUCCGGCCCCUGACAGGACGGGUCACGGUCCUGCACACGCUGAGCUGGACAGACAGCCCGAUAAACUGCCUCUCUCUCACACCGACAGGCUGACUAAAGUCGGCAGCAGCUCGGCAGCUCCACCGCCUGGCCCGACAUUGCCUCUACAGCCUGCUGGUUUAGCUCAGCCCCCACUCGCAGCUGCCAUUUCAAAACUUCCCUCAGCCCCUGCCAAGCCUCCACAGAAGGUCAAGGCCACCGUGGCCAACAUUCCUGUCGGCUGCUACGAUGGAGGAGGGAGAGGGAAAGAAAGAGAGAAAGACCGGGAGAGAGAGAAAGACCGGGAGAAAGAGAAGGACCGGGAAAAGGAGAAGGAGAGCAGCAGUUGUUUCUCAUUUGAGGUGGAUAAAUCUAGAGAAACGACUCCAGCUUGUCUCGCCUCGCUAGACGAUGGCUCUUCGGAAGCUGAAGCUCAUAGCGUCGGUGAAGUGGGUUCCACAAGCACACGCAGCAAAGAGACCAAUGCUAAAGAGGCUGAAUGGAAAGACUCUACUUCCUCUUCUCCAUUACCUCCGUCUGCAUCAGAGCCUGCCCCACCCCUUCCUCAGUCAGACAAAGAUUCUCCACUUCCUAAAAAGCUCAAGUCCCGCCCCCCGCCACUGAAGCGCCCAUUCGACUCAGUUGACAACUGCGUUGUGCGCAGAGUCCUAUCAGAGGUGUACUUUGAGGAGCGUUUUGCUGAACUGCCAGAGUUUCGUCCCGAAGAGGUGCUUCCAUCGCCGACCCUGCAGAGCCUGGCCACCUCUCCACGCGCCAUCCUGGGCAGCUACCGCAGGAAGAGGAAGAACUCGACUGGUGAGAGAGAUUUAGACUCCUCCACGGACGACCCGAUCUCGCCGAAGAGAAAGAGCCGGCGCAGGUCGAGCUGCAGCUCAGAACCCAACACACCCAAAAGUGCUGCCAAGUGUGAGGGUGAUAUAUUUACCUUUGACAGGCCAGGUACAGACGGGGAGGACAUUCUGGGGGAGCUGGAGUUUGAUAAGGUGCCAUAUUCCUCUCUGAGAAGAACUCUGGAUCAGAGGAGAGCUCUUGUCAUGCAGCUAUUCCAGGAGCAUGGUUUCUUCCCUUCAGCCCAGGCCACUGCUGCAUUCCAGGCACGAUAUGCUGAUAUCUUCCCUACCAAGGUGUGCUUGCAGUUAAAGAUCCGCGAGGUCCGGCAAAAGAUCAUGCAAACGGCUGUGCCUAGUGAAAUUGCAGGGACCUCCGACUCCAUCUCUUUACCGGGCCCGUCUGGGCUGGCGGCCAGUGAGGGAGGAGGCGGGUCUGAGUGUGCAGAAAAAGAGGCGGAGCGAGACGAGGAGCAAAGCAACUGCGAUGAGCCCAGGAACGCAGGCAAUUCACUGGACUCCACCAGAUGAGUUCGACGGACGAAGCGAGAGGACCGACACGAUGACCAGAUUUCUCCUCCUGCAUCUAUAGAAGACACGUCCAUCGCUCUUCUCAGUAAAGAGUGCAAAUGUGUAACAGAUGUUCAUGGGGGAGGUCACAACACAAACUGGGGUUUUUUUGUUUUUGUUUUGUUUUUUAUUGAAUUUUACAGUAUUUCAUGUUUUGAAAAGACUUACUUACAAAAGACUACAAAAGAGCAUAGGUCACAUUUACAUACACACGCACACACACACACACACACACCCAUACACACACCACUUCUCAAUGUCUUAAAUAUCCACACUUGAACUUAAAGCAUUAUUUUAAUGCGAAGGCUUCCUUUGAACUCUUGAGACGUGAAGAAUACAGUGAAGGCAACCCUGUUUCUAUACAAAGCCGGGAUUUACGAGGGCAUCAGAUUCCUUUAUAGAAUGAACUGAUUUUUGUUUUUCCAACAUGACACAUAUGGAAGUAUCAGUCGGGCACAGAUGGUUCGUCAUAGGCUCAUGGUUUACAGCCAGUCGUUGUGAGGCCGGCCUCCACUGGCUAAGUUUUAAAGAUGUUGAAGACUUAAUGGACUUAUAUUUUGAUAUUUACUUCCCCUAUUCCCCACCCCUUUCCAUUGUGUUUCAAUUUUAAAGGCUUUUUAUCAGCGAGCAUUGUCAAAGCACUGAAUUGCUUCAGCGAGGGACUAGCUUAACUUUCACAAGCGCCUUCUUCCUAUGAUUGGCUGUAAUAGACAUCAGAUACAGCCUAAGCUACAGUUUGGCCAGCCAUGAAGGAAGACAUUAUUAGAAGGGAAGUCAGUGGGCACAUUAUGGCCAUUGAUUGGACAUUUUUUUCUUUUUCUGUUUUGCAUAUUCGUAUAUUGAGAAACAUAUUUAAUUUUUUUCUUUCCUUACCAUUUUAUUCAAGUUCAUACAAAAUGAGGAGUUUGAAAGGAUGGUAAAAUAAGUUGUUAGGAAUUUACUAGAAGACAACUUAAAAAAAAAAAAAUGCAAACUUGAUUUAAUUUAACUCAUAAAUCUACAGGUCAAUAUCUUAUAGAAUUUCAUCUUACUGUUCUUAUUCAUACUGUUCUUGUGGAUCUGAUCCGUAUAACCAACAAUACUGCACCUUUUGUUUUGUCUUGCUUUCGGGGACGGAAGUACAAGAGGAUAGGAGAACGGAGAAAAAAAAGAAGAAACUCCACUCUUUGUUUUUCCUCCAAAUCGCACUUCGAGUGCGACCUUUCCUUUUAUUGACCUUCUCUAAAUAAUCACAGAGAUGCGGUGAUGAUUUUUUUAAUUUUUUUUUUCUUCUUUCAAAAAUAUUACCUGCUCCUGUGUUGUCCAGGAAAUCCCAGUCUAUUAGCUCUAGUUCAACCUUCUCCACUAAACAUUCCUCCCUGUUCCUUCAUUCCUGUUUUUCCCUUCUUCUGUCACUUUAUUGGUCUUUCUACAGCUCAGCCACUUUAGGUUGAGCUAAGAGAGAAAGGUGGAAGAAGAGGAGAAGGACACAGGGUGUCUGUGAUGAUCGUGCUGUGAGGCUUGUUCGUGUUGUACAUAGUUCUGGAGGAGUCUCACGACUCCAUCCCAUAUUAAGGAGCAUUAUUAAACGUUAAACAAUGCCAUUACAGGAAUUGAAAUUGUAAAGCAAAUAAAUAAAAAAUAAAUAAAUAUGAAUAUUAACAUUUUGCUAAUUAUGUGAAAAGAUUUAUACAAAUAAGCUCUACAUUUGUAUCUAUUUCUCUCAGUAUAUGAAUAAAUAGAUGUUCAAAUAAACA